GAAGGAACCCGGAAGUGUGCGCAGCCGCAGACCGUAGCAGCAGCGGAUCGUCAGCAGACGAGCAGGAGCUGUUCCUCCAAGAUGGCCGACCUCUGGCAGAACGCCAUGGACCACGCCGUGGCCGUCGCCCGCCGAGCCGGAGAGGUGGUGUGUGAGGCUCUCCAGGACGACAGGAAGGUGAUGACGAAGAGCUCGUCGGUUGAUCUGGUGACACAAACCGACCAGAAGGUGGAGCAACUCAUCAUCCAAUCGGUGAAGGAGAAAUUCCCCACUCACAGAUUCAUAGGGGAGGAGUCUGUGGCUGCAGGUGAAGCUUGUGACCUCACUAGCGCCCCCACCUGGAUCAUCGACCCCAUCGAUGGGACCACCAACUUUGUUCAUGCAUUUCCUUUUGUUGCUGUUUCCAUUGGAUUCUCUGUCAACAAGCAGAUGGAGUUCGGGGUGGUCUACAGUUGUGUGGAGGAUAAGAUGUACACAGCGAGGAGGGGGGGCGGGGCCUUCUGUAACGGAGUCCCUCUGCAGGUGUCGGCUCAGGAAGACAUUCAGCAGGCCAUCAUCAGCACCGAGUUUGGAUCCAGCAGAGACCCGGAAGCUGUGGACCAGAUCUUCUCCAGCCUGAGGAGCAUCCUGUGCAUCCCUGUUCACGGGGUCCGCGGUGCAGGGACUGCAGCCAUCAACAUGUGCCACGUGGCGUCGGGCUGCGUUGAGGCGUAUUAUGAGAUCGGGGUCCAUGUGUGGGACGUGGCCGCCGGCUCGCUGCUGGUCUCUGAGGCCGGAGGAGUCCUCAUGGACGUGGAGGGUGGAGCAGUGGACUUGAUGUCCAGGAGAAUCGUUGCUGCCAACAGCAGAACCAUCGCUGAGAGGAUCGUCAACGAGAUCCACAGCUUCAGGCCACCCAGAGACGACGCUGCACCACCGUCAGUCUAACCCACCUCCACCCAGAGACGAUGCUGCACCACCUUCAGUCUAACCCACCUCCACCCAGAGACGACGCUGCACCACCGUCAGUCUAACCCACCUCCACCCAGAGACGCUGCACCACCUUCAGUCUAACCCACCUCCACCCAGAGACGACGCUGCACCACCGUCAGUCUAACCCACCUCCACCCAGAGACGCUGCACCACCGUCAGUCUAACCCACCUCCACCCAGAGACGCUGCACCACCGUCAGUCUAACCCACCUCCACCCAGAGACGCUGCACCACCGUCAGUCUAACCCACCUCCACCCAGAGACGCUGCACCACCGUCAGUCUAACCCACCUCCACCCAGAGACGACGCUGCACCACCAUCAGUCUAACCCACCUCCACCCAUAGACGCUGCCCCACCUUCAGUCUGGUGUAAAUGUGGCCUCCUAGUGGAGGUCACAGGCACACAGGGAUUCAUUAAUAAAUGUGUGGGGGUUCCUUUUAAAAUGCAUGAAAAUAUUCAUGACUUAAUAUUGUAUGUUGUACAACUCCAGGACCAAAGUGGACUAUGUCCUGUUCCUGGACCAGCUCUGUACCCGGCAGGUCCGUUGAGGGUCAUUGGGGGGGGGGGUCAAUGCUACGAUUUCUCAGUUUAAGGUUAUGAAACUUUACUCAAGAUGUAAUGUCAUCUAUAAACUGAACUGUGAAGACAAUCUAAAGUAUA